AGUGUUGUGACCGGCGUGGACCAUUAUUGUCACAGUGCGAGGAGCCAACACAGCCGGCCAGAGCGUUUUUCGGGGAUAAAGGCAAAACACAUCUAGCCAAAAUGUCGAAAGUGGAAGGAGGAAUGAAAUGUGUGAAAUACCUUUUGUUCGUGUUCAACUUCAUAUUCUGGUUGAUGGGAUCCUUUGUUCUGGCAGUGGGACUGUGGCUGCGUUUUGACCCAGAAACUGUGUCUCUUCUCAAUGGUGACAAGGCUCCAGACACUUUCUUCAUCGGGGUCUACAUCCUGAUUGGUGCUGGCAGUCUGGUGAUGCUGGUGGGUUUCUUUGGCUGCUGUGGAGCUGUUCGGGAAUCUCAGUGCCUGCUGGGUUCAUUCUUUGCCUGUCUGUUGAUCAUCUUUGGUGCAGAGGUGGCAGCGGGGGUGUUUGGAUUCUUAAACAAAGACAAGAUUAUCAAAGACGUUCAGACUUUCUAUGCUACGACCUACAAUGAAAACAAUAACAGCACAUUGAUCAGCUCAUACCAGAAAGUACUGAACUGCUGUGGAACCAUAGACAGCCCCUGCCAUGAUCCCCCAGCAGAUACUAAGGACUGUGAGACAGGCAUCAAGGAUUUCUUCAACAGUAAACUCUACAUCAUUGGAUAUGUGGGCAUUGGCAUUGCUGGAGUCAUGAUCAUUGGGAUGAUCUUCAGUAUGGUGCUCUGUUGUGCCAUUCGCAACAGCAGGGAAGUCAUCUAAGCUGGAUCCGUUACCUCUGCCCCCCCUUUACCCAGCCCCGAAAGACUGUACAGCCUCUAGAUCGAAUCUAAUCUUGUGUCCGUGCAGGGACCCAGCAAAUCAUGUUGAAAAAAAUCCUUUUCACUAUGGUGCUUAAAUCAGCUCUCUUGGCCUGAUCUUCCACAAUUUUUUUUCUGUAUUUAUUUAUUUGCAGACACAAGCAAAGUUGCAUGCUCGACCUUUUCGAACCAUUCUGAUAAUACAUAGACCACAUUUACAGAUGGGAACCGUAUAAUUUCUGAUGUUGACCUGACAAUCUGUCAAAUAGUUUUUCCUCAUGGCCAUUUGGCUACCAUUAUAAAUCGUAACCCACAUACUGUCGCGGGAGUGCAAAUGCUUUUUCACACAGCCUUGACACUGACCCCUUGGCUGUGGGAAACUUUAACCACAGAGAGAGCAAUCUGAGGUGAAAGCUGCAGAGUUGGCUUAUCUGUGCACACAGAAUGAACACACACGAGCGCGCACUGACACACAAGCACAGCAAUGUUGUGUCACACGAGACCGCAGCCUUAAAAAAGGUUGUCUGGAAUCUCGUAAGGAAUCCUGAUUGGUGUAUUCAGAGUGGGGUGUCAAGAGACGGAGUGGCCAGCGAAUGUUUCGGGAAUGCGUCCAUCAUGCAGCCCCAGUGCUCUUUAUCACACGUACACACACACACACACAGUAUACAACACACUCUGUUAACUGUACGAUCAACACAAACUGCUCUCAACAAGAAAAAGAUGCCGUUAUCUUAAAGGAAUAGUUCAACAUUUUGUGAAACAUCCUUUUCGCUUUAGUGUGGAUUCUCCUUUUUGUGAGAUAGAUUAGUAGACAUUUAUCACCUUCAUGUCGGUACAGUAAAUAUGAAACUGCAGCCAGCAGCUGGUUAGCUUAGCUCAGCACAAAGACAGUAAACAGGGGGAAACAGCUAGCCUGCCUCUGUCUUUGUCACACGCUGCUUGCUAUAACUUUAUAUCUUCUCAUCUAACUCUCAGCAGAAAGUGAACAAGUAUUCUUUUGAACUAUUCCCCGAAGCAACUAUAUCCACAUUUUAGUCCAUUUACAACAAACCAUGCAUGCUUUAUAUUUUCCAACAAUGCCACUAGGUUACAUAACUCAAACACAUUUUAAGAGUCUUUUCUGAAACAAAAAUGAACUUCAAAAGCUGCCUGGAGCACCAAGAAAAUUAAAUAUAAAACUCUGAAUUACAAACCGGUUGAACUAAAAACCAAAUCUCCUCUUCAGCCUGAAGGAAAAGCUCUUCUUAUAUAUACGGUCUCUUAUGUAAGAGAGUAUCUCUGUGUCCCUGUUGACGGUACCGGACAGGGAACAUGUUUACAGGCUAAAUAUAUACCAGAGGGUAAAGUAAAUAUAGGCAGUAGGGCUUUAAAAUUUGGUCAUCCAAGCCAGGCCUUUGAUCUUUUCACUCCUCCAUCUUUUUCCCCUCCGUGCCUUAAACAUAAACCGAUCACAACAAAACAAAAACUGAGAUAAACCCCAGUAUUCCUCUCAUCUCAUCAACCUCAAGAGAUGAAGAGACAUAUACGCCCAAUCUAGAUUCACUUCCACUUAUCCAGGAUCAAUCAGGCCACUGUUAAUUCUGUAGGGUUCAUGACAGGACUCUGGUAUGUAAAUAUGUGCGAGUUUUCUUGUAGUUGUACAUUAUUUGUGGUUGAUGUGAUAGGUAUUAUUUAACAUGUUUGUAGACAGAGGCUUGCAGUAGCUGUACAGUGUUCAUGUAGUCACGACAGUGUUUGGGAUGGUCAAAAUCCACACAACAAAACAAAACAGCUUCUUAAUGUGCCUUUCUUUCAUAAUGAGCUAUUUUUGAACGGGCUUUCUGAACGUAAUAAAAUAUCGUAGCGAAAGUGUACAUAUGUUUUUAGAGUUGGACUGCAUUUAAUUGUCACACACAUUCGACUUGCCAUUUUUUUGGUGUGUUUUAAAGUGUCACACUCGGCUGUGUCUUCUCUGCCAAAAGAGCUGGAGUGGUGAAAGCAACAACUUCUCUGCCAAUUAACUAUUUCAAAAGCUUCUUGGUAUAAAAAAUGAACACAACCUGGCCAUUUUUAAUUUUUUUUGCAUUUCAGUGUAAUGUGACGCAAGUGAGGGGACAACAAUGGCUUUCUUACCACUCCAGCAGGCAGUGUUUACUCUGAGGAGAGAGGAGACAUGGCAGAGUGGCAAGACUGUCACUUCAGAUGUUAAAACUGACUAAACUAGGAACACUUUAGUGCAACUCAAUCCACAAAGCUGUUGCUGCGUUCCUCAGUUCUGUUUGUUGAAGCAAAAUCUGGAGAUGUAACGUACUGUGCAUGUAAAAAGACACUGUGUACACAGUCGAGCCUUUUGUAGUUGAUUUGUGUUAAUUUAUUUUAAUACCAUUCCAGGCUUCUCAGGAAGAUAGGUGUUUGAAGUUUAAUAAAGCUUUUAAUGUUU